GGCGGUAUCGAGGCCUGGAUUUGUAAACAACAACAAGAACGACAAAACUUGAGGCAAAAAGCGCGGUUUUUUCUCGGGUUUCUCCAGCCGCGAUUCUUCCUCAGGAGCAGGUGUCCCCUGCCUUUGUAACCGAGACUUCUCCCCGCAGCCGGCGCUUGGGAGGGGGCGGAGCUUUCCUUCUGGGGACUCCCAGAAAGGAACACCCCCGUCUCCCGCACAUUCUGGGAGCCCCGCCCGACGUACCUGCCAGCCAGACAUGGACAAACGCUUGAACCAAAGGCAGAUCCAAAGUCAUGUUUUUUCCAGCUGCAUUCUUCAGUUCCAGUGACACAAUUAUUGCCAGAAUAAUAAAAGAAGUUACUGGUUUCAGUGGUCAAAUGACCACUCAGUAGGUAACCAACUAUAUGGGCAUUCCAGGGCAAAGAAGACUCUAUGAAUGCUGUGGGGAACCUUUCCUGUGUCCGAGAAGUGGCAGCAUCUCCAGGGCAAGGUUUGCAGACCCUUUAGAAUCUCAUCUCCAUUUUCCCCAGCCCUCAGGACUGCAUUAGAGAAGGAACCCAUUCACAAGCUCUGGGCUAGCCCUGUCAAGUCAAGAGCCUGGUCUAUGGGGGCUGCUUUUUUGCUAGCUAAAAGGCAUCUGUCUAUCAUUCAGUACGAUGUGUUCUACAAACUGUACUCAUUGCCUGGGGGCGACACUCCUGCAUAUGGCCAUCUUAAGUAUGAUACUUAAUAUUCUCCUCUUCUUCCCUGCAAUGCAACGAGUAUCAAUUGACAAAAUACCUAAUGAGGCCUGGAGCUUUGGAGGACUUUUGGGAAGUGGGGUCAUGAUACUUUUCCCUGCUACUGUAUACUUAAGGAUGAAAAAACUUGACUGCUAUGCAUGCAUUAUCAAUUUACUCUGUGUGAAGUCACUUUCAAAUGGGAAUGUUGCAUUAUUUUCUUGUGUUGGAAUCCUAGGAUCAUCAUAUGGAUUAUUUAUGGCAUUGUUUGCUAUUUAUAAGGGUCCCAAAUGUUUUGUAGGAGGUGACAGUUGGGAAUAUCCUUUCCAUAAAGGGAACUAUCUAGUCGAUUUGAACUAUUGGAAAGACUGCAUAAGUCCCCCUCAUAUUAUACCUUGGCACUUGAGUAUUUUCAUCGUUCAGGUGCUAGUAAGUAGUGCUCAAUUGGCAAUAUGCAUCUGUACGGUGAUGUCUGGUCUCUUAGGAUCAAUCUUUACGUCAGAAAAGUGCCCAUGGUCACAUAAGGGCACAGACCUCUCAAAACCUUGUGAUGGACUCUUCAUAACAUUCUACUAUGCUCACAGAAGAUCUAAGAAUGCUUCUUUUUCAUCAUCAUUGGAAAAUCCUGCUGCCUUCUCAUCCAUGCAACAACCUUUUUGGAUUUCAACUCAAGUUAAAAAUCACAUGUUCAAAAAAGAGCAAUAAACUAUGGUCCAAGUACAA